AUGUCGAUGGCGACGACAUCCACGGCACCAGCCACCGCAAUGAGCAUGGGCGGCAACUCGUGCAAGAUCUCCAUGACCUGGAACUGGUACACAGUGGGAGCAUGCUUCAUCUCCAAGUCAUGGCAAGUCAGCUCGAGCGGCAUCUUUGCCCUCUCCUGUAUCGGCGUGGUCUUGCUCGUCAUAUCUCUCGAAUUCCUGCGCCGAAUCCAGCGUGAGUACGAUGCCUGGAUCCGCCGCAAAGACCAGAAGACUUCAGCGAUGGCUGCGGCUGUUCAACACUCCGAGGACGGGGCUUCUGCCUCCUAUGAGCAAGAUACGGAUCCCGGCAAGAAAACAGCGGUGAUAACGAGUCCACCACUUCCUGAAAGACCUCUGGUUCUUCAGCAUCGGUCCAUUGAUCGAAUGACCCUCUUCCAGCGUCAGUUCAUGCGUUCUCUCAUCCACAUGGUGCAGUUCGGAGUAGCAUACUUCAUCAUGCUGUUGGCCAUGUAUUACAAUGGUAAUCGGUCCUCUGUCCAUUCCACUCCCUUCCGCAUUCCAUCCUUCAGCUCUUGGGGCUAA